AUGCCACCCAAAGGCUCGACACAAAAGUCGCUCUCGUUCAAGGCGCAGUCCAAGCCCAAGUCCACCUUCUCCAGCUCUGUCAAAGACUCGCUCAAGGGCAAGCCCACCACCAAGGUCACCACCAAGCCUACACCACCUGUCACAUCAUCCCUCCUCCGCAAGUCCUCACCGACCAGUCCAGCAGCAGCGAAGGAGGAUGAAGUCGAUUCCAAACGGGAGGACCUUGAUGUGGACGAUGCUAGGUGGGACGGUGUCUGGCGCAGAACCAAAAAGACGAUGAACGUGCCACCGUCCAAAUCCGUCCACAUCGAUCACGAGAACCGCAUCCAGCAGAUCCUGCGCGUAUUCGAUCUCGAUCCCAACUACGGCCCGUGCAUGGGCAUGUCCCGGCUCGAAAGGUGGCAGCGCGCAAAGGAACUCGACCUCGACCCGCCCCAGGAGAUCCACGACAUCUUGAACACCAAACAGGGCGCAACGGAGCACAAGGAGAACGUCUUUACGCAUCACGGCCUCUGA